AUGGUAAGUGCAGAGCUUCAGCAGCUCAAGCGGAAGUAUGAUGAUGAGGAGGAGGUUGAGCCGCAGCUCGAUCCGGACGAGGAUGAGGGCUACGAAGACUAUGUCCCAAUCAAGAAGCGCAAGGCAGCGAUGAGAGAGAAGCUCGUUUCAGACAGGCAGAAGGAACGUCGAGAAGAAGCCGAACGGGUCAUGCGCGAGAGACUCGCGGAGGAAAAGAAAAAGCGUGGCAUCGCAAACUCCUUGUUGGCCGUGUCGGCAAAGCUCAAAGCAGAAGAGGAGGCCAACAAGGAAGGGCGCGAAGCUGCGAUCAAGGAAAGCAUCAGGAAUGAGGAGGACCAGCUCCUCGAGCAGGUUCAACUGCAAAUGAGCACACCCUUGAUGUCCGUCCGGGAGCGAGCAAAGGGCAUCAUGUAUACACAGAGGAUGCCGGCAAUUGGCGACUGGCGGCCAAUACAAAAGUACCGUGAUAUGCCGGAAGCCGAGAGAGCUUCGGUCCGCGAGAAGUACUUCAUCGAGGUGAACGGACAAGAGAUCCCAGCACCGAUCAAGCGCUUCGAGGAAAUGCGGCUCCCACGCGGCAUUCUCGAAGGCUUGAAGGCCAAAGGCAUCAUUAGGCCAACCCAGAUCCAGAUGCAAGGCAUUCCAGCAGGGCUGAUGGGCCGUGACAUUAUUGGAAUUGCCUUUACGGGCAGUGGCAAGACGCUUGUGUUUGGCCUGCCCAUGAUCAUGUGCGCGCUGGAGCAGGAGCUUCGUGCUCGGGUGCAGCCAACCGAAGGCCCUUUUGGCCUCAUCAUUGCUCCUUCACGUGAGCUAGCGCACCAGACCUACGAGGUUUUGGAGUUCUACACAGACCACCUGGCCGAGUACCACAAAGAGUUCCCGAAGCUCAGAUCGGUUCUUACCAUUGGUGGACUCAGCACUGGAACGCAAGCGAUGGCAAUCAAAAAGGGCUGCCAUAUGGUCGUUGCGACACCUGGUCGAUUAAAUGACCUGCUGAGCAAGAAGCGCAUGUCACUGGCACAGUGCCAAGUUCUGGUGCUCGACGAGGCGGACCGCAUGAUCGACUUAGGCUUCGAAGAAGAGAUCCGGAACACCUUGGACCAUUACCGAGGUCAAAGGCAGACCCUUCUUUUCAGUGCGACGAUGCCCAAGAAGAUCCAGGACUUCGCCAAGACAGCGCUGGUGGACGCGGUCGUGAUUAACGUAGGUCGUGCUGGCGCUGCCAACUUGGAUGUCAUUCAAGAGGUUGAGUACGUCAAGCAGGAGGCAAAGCUGGUGUACCUCCUCAAGUGUUUGCAGAAGACACCUCCCCCAGUGCUGAUAUUCUGUGAGAACAAGUCAGACGUGGAUGAUGUGCACGAGUACCUGCUGUUAAAGAGCGUCGAGGUCGUGGCAAUCCACGGUGGGCUGGACCAGGAGGAGCGCCACGAGGCCAUCCGCUCCUUCAAGGAGGGCUCCAAGGACGUCUUGAUCGGCACAGACGUGGCGUCGAAGGGUUUGGAUUUCCCAGCUAUUCAGCACGUCAUUAACUUUGACAUGCCGAAGGAAAUCGAGAAUUAUGUGCACCGAAUCGGUCGGACAGGUCGGUGUGGACGAACUGGUGUGGCUACCACUUUCGUCAACAAAAACCAGGACGAGACAAUCUUGCUCGACUUGAAGGCUUUGCUGCUGGAGGCUGGACAGCACGUCCCUCCUUUCCUCAUGACGCUCGAGACGGGUGGAGGAGGCAGAGAAGAGGAGGAAAUUGGUGGUGUCAAGGGCUGCGCAUAUUGCGGCGGACUUGGGCACCGCAUCUCGGACUGCCCCAAAUUGGAAACGACAAGACAGAAGACCACGUCCGCCACGAAGGACUAUCUCACCACAGGUGCUGCGCGAUACACAGGCGCAGAAGGCCGGCUUGGUACGUACGGUGUGGCAUGGAAUACCCAAAGCCGCCGGUUGUACCAGUUGGAUACGCCGGCGAUUGGUGAGCUUCGUGUCACACCCGUGUGGAACACGAGAGUGCUGUGGUUCUAUUUCGCAGCCUGGAAUGCAAACCGAGUGAUCCCCGAAUAUCGAUCUCCGGAAACAAGCAUGCAAUUUGGUCCGACGACGCUUCAAUGGAGCACCGACGGCUUCAACUUCCACAGCUGGCAGGAGGAACUCAGUCUGCCACCCGUCGAAAAGCUGAGCAAGGUUUCGAUAGUCCGUGGGCCGCGGGUGGUCAAAGUUCCGCCGCCGACGCUCCAAGCGGCAACCUUCGAAACCUUGACAGCCAGCUGUCCUGCGGGCCUGCUGGAUGCGCUGGAGGCCAUGCAGAAAGGUGGUCUGCCAGCCGCGUCGCCUGCGCCACUCGUAAGCAGCCCACCGAAAGCCGAGAAAGGACGCUCGCCGCACUCUCCUUGGAUCGCUCGUCGGAUUCGUGGAGAGACCCGCGCACAGCUAGCUCGGCUUGCCGUGGACGAGGACUUGGAGCCGCCGUCGCCGGCGUCCCAGCCUUCGGAGGUCCAGGAGGAAGUGGAGGCGCUCCGCGCCUUAGCGGACCUCACGGACAGCGAGCUUGGCAAAAUUUGCAGAGGAAGCGUGCCAGUGGUUCAAAGAGACCUCGAGCGGCAGAAUCUGGAGCGUGCCCAGCGGAGAAGGCGUGUGAUCGAGGCGGAAGCGCAGAAAGCCCGUCGCUCUGCGGUUGAGUUUCGCCAGCGCCGCGAAGUCGUCAGUCCAGAGAAGCAGAAGGAGGUAACGCCACAGCCCACGGACGCGCGGGAGGCCGACAGAAACCAGCGCCUACAGCAGGUGCUGGGAAAGCUUUCCGGCUCCAUCCCCGUGGCCACCGUGGAAGACACGAGAGAGGGUUCCGACUACGAUGGCUUGAUGAGUGCGUCCGACUCCGAGGAUGCGGACUCUGUCAAGCUGGAGCAGAAGAAGCUGUCAGAGCGCUCCAAGCAGAUUCGGAAGAGAGUCAAAGAGGCAGCCAUCAACGGUAUCCGUGAAAAGAAGAAGUUCGUUGAUCGAAUGAAUCGAAAAAGGAGGUACCGAGAGGCGGUGUGGAAGGCACUGCCACAAGCCGAGCGCACAGCCACGGAGUCUGCCUUCAAGCUCCACUGCAACCAGUACUACACGCUCACUGCCGAAGCCGCCCUAGAUGCCUUGCGGGACAUGGGCCUGCGAGGGCGAACGAUGGUGGAGCGCAUUGUGGUGGAGCGUGCUGUCACGUCUCUUGUGAAGGAGUUGAUCAGUGUGGAGGAGCAAGGCAUCUCUGGUGCCUGGGGCGCUGCUCCGAAGGGAUCCCCCCAGGUCUGGUGGAAAACGCCCAAGGAGUUAUCAGCUCUUCCGAUGGCGCGCAUGGCUCAAGACAAGACCAAGCCAGCGCAGCCACAGCCGCAGGUCCGGGGCAGCCGUCAUCAACAUCGCCGAAUGAGUGCGAGUCAGCCUCGGCAAUCCUCAGUCACAGCCCAGAGGGCAUCCACGAUCAAGGACGCGCAAGAGGCCGAGCAAGCCACCAAGGAGCUUGUCGCGAUCCUCGAGCACCAAACGCCGCAUCCGACUGGCAUUCCGAUCGAGGCUUUCGGGGCUGAGGUGGUGCCAGUGGCACGCUGGGAGCUCUUCGAGCAGAGGGCCGAACUGCACUUCCGGCUCUUCGUCAAGGAAAUCGAGUCAUCGCCGAAUCCCAGCGGCAUCGAUUUCGAUCAGUUUCAGAAGCUGGUUACCGCGCUCGAGCUUGACAAAGCGAAAGGCCCGCUUCCACCAGCCAUAAAGCGCGACAAGCAGAUGAAGAUUGGGCCAGAGACCAUCUUGGACUUGGAGAUGGUGCACAUCCGCUUGCUGCAGCUGGAGGAAAGGGCCGCGCGCGCCGCCAGCGCAAGGGAAUGGGCUGUGGCAAAGCAGGCAAAAGUCGUGGAGAACCGCUUUAAAAAGCACAGGCCGGAGCUGCUUUGGAUGUGGGAGAUGUUCAGCGUCCACGAUGACGAUCACUGCGGAUUCCUGGGCCAGUUUGAAGUUCGGCGGCUGCUGAAAUACAUGGGCCUGGAGCCAUACAAACGAAGCGUGGCUGCCACGGUGGACCACAUCAUCAGCCAGGUAGACGAGAAUCAUGACGAUGAGGUUGACUUCAACGAAUUUCUGCUUUUGGUUGACCAUCUGCGGACAUUCAUGAUGAAGCGGAGACGCUCGCGGCUUCAGAAGGUCUAUUUGAGUCUGGAUUUGGACCUGAACAGCUGCUUGGACUUCGACCAGAUCGUGGCAGCUCUUGCGCAGGAGGGCCUGCUUCGUUCAAGACGUGAGUACGCCCUGGCACAAGAGCUUCUAGAUGAGGAGUUUGAUCUCCGAGCUGUGCUUCAGCCCAGCGGCGAGGCUGACUCGCCCUCCACAACGUCCCCUCGCAGCAGCAGCUUGAGCCCUCGGAAGAUGAGGCAGCGGCAGGCGAUGGCAGACGACGCUGGAAGUGUCGACUUCUAUGGCUUCAGUCUCAUCUACCAGCUCGUGUGGGAGCGUUUGAGCCAACUUCAGGCUGAGCGCAUUUCUCAGGCAGCGAAGGCCCUCAACUUCACCAUGACGGAGUUGGCAGAUAUCCAGGCAGCUUUCGAUGUGGCGGACCAAGAUGGUGACGGUAUGUUGACUCGCAACGAGCUUCGCGAGGUCUUGAUUCCACUGAUUGCGCGGAUGCCAGACGAGCAACAGCUCAAGCAUGUCCUGGCAUCCAUCGACGUCGAACGCAGUGAAGGUAUUGAUAUCCUCGAGUUCUUAACCAUUUUACGUUCCCUGGUGACCGGACCAAACGGCAUGGUGCACAUGUACAAGCCGUUCUCCUUGAUGGAGAAUGUCUCGUUCGAGAAACAGCAAGAACUUCUUGGUGUUUGGCCGAUUUCUGAUUCAUAUAUCAAGAACCUGGAUGCAAACGAGCUCAUGGAGAUGUUGAGCAACUUUCUAGGUGUGCGGCCGGAGCAAAACAUGCGCGAGCUGCCUUAUCCAAUCAGCAGCUUUCGGAAGCUGAAAGAGUUUGCGCUUCGACAAUCGGAGAAGGCUACACAGCGACACAGGUACGGAAUGGAUCGGAAUGGUAGAGUCUCGCACAAAGCUCCUGAAGGAUCUUUUGUGUUUCGCGAGCUUAGGAACGACGCGGGCUUGGCUGUAAAAAGGCUCCAGUGCUUUUGUGUCCGCCACUACCAAGCGCAGGAAGCAACGCCAGCAUCCAGGAGAGUUCUGUCUGCCCGCGGUUUGUCAGCGUAG